AUGGAUUCUUACGACGGCUACGUGUCUCCUGGCCGGAGUCGCGAGGCUGAAUACCGGCGAAGAUCUCCAGCCUCGCAGGAUCGUCGCCGUGGCCGGGGUCGUUCCCGGUCGCCCGUCAUGAUCGAUCGCUACGAACCGUCCGAUCGGCGUGCCUCCCGUGACGAAUACUACGCUACCCCGCGCGAACAUGUCCCUCAGCGGAAUCGCGGAGAACGCGAAGAACGCGAAGACCGCCGUCGCGCCCCGUCACCUACCGCCGCCAACAUCGACCGCUACGUGCCCGGGCAGGACUCAGGCAAGCGACCCAUUCCGACAAACCCCCUCCCCAACCCCCUGGGCCUUGACUUCCAGGUCGGCUUCAACUGGUUUGCCGAGUGGUGGCGGACGGAGCAGAGCAUCAAAGAGGAGAAGGAGCGUGCUAAGCAUGGCGGGCGCCGGCCCUCGGACCGCGUCAAGGGAGAGCGCGAGGCGCGCGAGGAUCGCGACCGUGAGCGCGCCCAAAUCCAAGCGGCCUAUGACUCGUAUAAGGUCGAGCUACAGGUCAAGAUGGCCCGCACGUUUGUGCAGCAGCACCGCAACGAGGAGUGGUUCAAGGAGCGCUACGUCCCCGAGGUCCGUGAUGCGCUGCGCAGGCGCGUGAUGGACUUCCGCCAGAGCGCAUACCAACAAUGGGAACGCGAUCUCGAGGCAGGCCUCUUCGACGACUUCACCCUCGAGGGUAUCUACAAGAGCGAGAGCGAUGGCGCCGGUGGCGUCAUCGAAAAGGAAGAGGGCGAGACCACCGCUGUGGGCGAGACUCUGAGCGUGCUCGAUCUGCUCCCCGCGCGCGGUGGCGAGCUGCGUGACGAAGCUUCGUCGCAGCCCGCUCUGCUCAUCAAGACCCUAGCCCCCAACGUGAGCCGCGAGAAGAUUGAGGAAUUCUGUAAGGAGCAUCUGGGCGAACAGGAUGGCGGUCUACGCUGGCUCAGUCUCAGCGAUCCUAACCCCUCGAAAAAAUAUCAUCGCAUGGGUUGGAUCAUGCUGCACCCCACCACCGGGACGACGAUGGUAGAACGUGGCGAUGGCCGCGAGGAAGAAGGGGAAGAGAUGGAGGUGGUGGAGGAGCUGUCCACCGCGGCCGCAGCUGAAAAGGCGCUCGAGGCCGUCAACGACAAGACGAUCCACGACCCUGUCCACGGUGACUUUGUGUGCCACGUCGGUGUCCAUGUCCCUCCGUCCAACCCGCGCAAGAAGGCCCUGUGGGAUCUGUUCUCCGCCCCGGAGCGCGUCGAGCGCGAUCUGGAACUGGCCAGGCGCUUGGUGUCCCGGUUGGACGCGGAGAUGGGUGACGGCGCCGACGGCGCCAUACGGAUCGAAGAGCGCGUGGAGGAGCUCCGCAGCAAGGGAUGGUUGCAACCCCCAGUCACGGGCCCUGUGCGCGUCAAGAAGCGUCGCUCCUCCGAAUACGCCGACAAUGAUGACGUUGAGUUGGAUGAGAACGGCAUGGAGGCCGGUGAAGAAGCAGAGGAGGGUGAGGCCGCUGACGGCUGGGAGGAAGACGAAGUUGACGAUGAAGAAUUACUGGCCCAGAAGAAGCUGCUGGACCUUAUGGUCGAGUAUCUGCGGCGGGUGUAUAACUUCUGUUUCUUCUGCGUCUUUGAGAGCGACUCGGUGCAUGAGUUGGUGAGAAAAUGCCCAGGGGGUCAUCUGCGCCGGCCUCGUUCGGGCCUGACCAGCCAGGCGAAAGAGGUUGCACGCGCGAGCGCUCUGGGCCAACCUUUCCCGUCCGCCAAGAAGAAGGAACCGAGCGAGGAUGGCGAAGAGCCUAGCAGCGCCUCGCCUGUUGAGGAGCGACGUCCGGCGCGCUUUGCGCCCAAGUCGGAGCAACAGCUGCUGAGGGCGUUCAACUGGGUCCGCACCUUUGAAGACAAGCUGCUGCAAAUCCUGGAACCGGAAAACGUCGACAUCCGCCGACUGGGCGGCAAGCCUGUCGAAGAAGCCCUCGAGGAGGAGCUUGCCCGCUUCUUCAAACAGGAGGACGAGUCAAAGUUCCGCUGCAAGGUCCCCGAGUGCACUAAAUUGUUCAAGGCCGAACAUUUCUGGCGCAAGCACGUCGAGAAACGCCAUACGGAGUGGUAUGAACGGAUCAGAGAUGACCUCUUCCUGGUAAAUUCCUACGUGUUGGAUCCCGCCCGCAUCGCCCCCUCGCGCUCGGAUGCCAAUAGUAACGGCCACUUCCCGAUGACCUCGGGACCAAACCACAGCGGCACUCCGCGCGGCUUCAGCUUAGCGAACAUGGCCUAUUUUGGCCACAACGGCGCUGUCCCUGGCAGCUUCCAGAACCUCGCCGCCCCGGGUGGUCUUCCUUUUAUGGGCGCCGGCCAGACCGGCUCGUGGAACAGCAACGGACAGCUCGUCACCGGCGAGUCCGGGUUGCACCAGCCAGGAGUGAUGCGCCGUGGUGGCGGUCGACACGGGAACCGGAGCGGCCCCUACGACCGGCGUGGAGGGAACCGCUACGGCUCGAAUACCGGAGGUGUAGGCGGCGGCCGUCUGAGUCCCGUGCGCAUGGGUCGUUUCCCGCCUGCCGGCGGAGCAGCAUACAAUAUUCCCCCCGGCCACCCGGCUGCAGCGAUGAUGGGAGCCGGCGGUGGGCCUGUUGGGGGACCUGGAAUUGGCGGGGGGCUCUUCCCGGACGCGAUGGGCCCCGGAGGCGCGCAGCAGGGGAUGGGUCCCCGGGAGGCGGUGCAAGGACGCAGCCUGAAAAGUUACGAGGAUCUGGAUGCUGUCGGUGGCGGGGGGAGCGGCGAGCUGAAUUAUUAG